AUGCCCGUACCCGAAAGAACCGGCUUGAAAAUUGUGCAGAUAGACGUAAAAGACGUACGAUUCCCAACAUCGCUAGGUGGACAUGGAUCAGACGCUUUGCAUACUGAUCCAAACUACUCCUGUGCUUACGUCACCAUCACCACAGAGAACGGCAAGCAGGGCUAUGGGCUGACAUUCACCUGCGGCCGUGGCACCGAAGUCGUGGUAUUCACCAUCAGAGCUCUGAAGAAAUUCAUUUUGGGUAAAAACGCGGCGGACAUAUUCGCCGACUUUGCUGGAUUUUGGCGUGCUAUCACAAAUGACUCGCAAAUGAGAUGGAUAGGCCCCGAGAAAGGCGCAAUACAUUUGGCGGUAGCUGCCAUAUUAAAUUCGCUUUGGGACCUUUGGGCGAGGCUCGAAAACAAGCCGUUAUGGAGACUACUUGUGGAUAUGGAUCCUGAGGAGUUGGUGUCCACGAUUGACUUUCGUUACAUAACCGAUGUUAUUACUAAAGAUGAGGCUGUUGAAUUAUUGAAAAUUAAAAAAGCCGGCGAACAAAACAGAGUAAAAUAUUUGGAGGAUAACGGUUAUCCAGCUUAUACUACCCAAGUUGGCUGGAUGGGCUACAGCGAUGAAGUAGUAAAGCAAUUAUGCGAUAAAUAUCUGGAACUAGGAUUCAACCACUUCAAAGUCAAAGUAGGUCUUAACUUGGAGGACGAUUAUAGACGAUGCAGUGCCGUUCGUAAAUAUAUCGGUGACGACAAGUUUUUGAUGGUUGAUGCAAAUCAAGCUUGGAGCGUUAAUGAGGCGAUUGAAUGGAUGAAGAGCCUGGCUCCCUUGAAUCCUAUGUGGAUAGAGGAACCGACGUCUCCCGAUGACGUUCUGGGGCACGCUGCUAUUUCAAAGGCCUUAAAGCCUUACAAUAUUGGCGUCGCAACGGGAGAAAUGUGCGCUAACCGCGUGAUGUUCAAACAGUUCCUACAAAGCGACGGUAUGCAGUACUGCCAAAUUGACUCUGCGCGCAUCGGUGGCAUCAAUGAAAUACUUGCUGUUUAUUUGAUGGCCGAGAAACUCAAUGUGAAGGUCUGCCCGCACGCCGGCGGCGUGGGCCUAUGUGAGAUGGUGCAGCAUCUGCAAUAUUGGGACUUCGCCAGCCUCUCCGGCACCAUGGAGGGGCGCCUCAUCGAGUAUGUGGACCAGCAGCACGAGCAUUUCUACGAUCCGUGCGUAGUGGAGAACGCUAGAUAUCUCGCUCCCAAGUUGCCCGGAUACAGUACGCAAUUCCUACCGGAAACGUUACAAAAAUACACAUACCCCAAUGGCAGCGAAUGGCAGCGUAUGUUCAAGGAAGGAAUAUUCCCCCCACCUGACGAAGCAGAACUUGCCAAUGCA